AUGGAUGGUCUACGUUUUCGAUUGAGUGACAACCGUGAGUUUACAUUUUGUAUAGUAUACUGUUUAUUUGUGGGCACAGGUAUCGAGAGUCGUUCAAUUUCCUAACACACUCAAAUGUAGUUGCGGUUUUUUCGCGAACAGUUUUAUAACGAACUGUUUACACGUUUUCUGCGGGAUGUUAAGUGACAACGGUCCAUGCUUGUCCAUUUUAUAGUUUUAUACUUACUUAGUACUUGCAAUAUUCUUAUCAUCAUAUUCAUAUUGUCGGCUCUUGUGUAUGGGCCGUAAUAAUAUAAUGAUAUUAAAAAACAAAUAGUAAUAUUAUUACCUAUUAUUAUUAUUAUUAUUAUAGUACCUGCCUAUGCAAUAUGCGCACAUGUACAAUCCCACUAAAACAUAUUUAUGUAUCUAUAUUUGUCGACUACUGUUUUCUGAGUUCUUGCCUACUCGAGUUAUGUUAAUAACAAUAGGUAAUUGGUAUUAUGAUUGUCAAUACAAAAUUGGUAUACAAUUAUUUGUAUUGAUAUUGUAUAUUUUUGCGACUGUCAUGAUUUUAAAACACAAGACUCGUUGAAGUCAUCAAAUAUCGUUUUUUUUUUCAUGUGUUAUUUUAUUCUUAAAGGUAUCUUACCUUACAAUACAUUUUUAUUUAGAACUGUUUGGUAUUUUAUUAAGGAUUUAAGUACAUCAAAAUGUAUAAUUUAAUUUUUUUUUUUGUUUAAAUGGGAUUAUUUAUAAGUGUACUUUGUAGAUUUAGGAUUAAUUAUAAUAAUAAGAUACUUAUGUUUCAAUUAGGAUAAUGAUUUUAAUCUUAUAAUAUUUUUUUUCAGUGGAUCCACUUCAGACCCUGGAUAUUUGCCAUGAAAUUGUCAACAUGACAUUUUGUUCAGAGAGACCUUAUUCUUUGAAAAAAUACUCAAAAAAUAGAUCUGUCGAUAAGUACGAUGAAGAAAGUUCCGAUAGGUUUGUAAUUCAUUACUUUUCAGAGAAAUAUUUUUAAUUAUGUCUUCUUCUUCUUUGUCUUUAUCUUAAUUAUUUGGGUUCUGCCACCCUUGUCCUUAACUUCCACUUGGCCUGAUCCCCCCCAUCAUCCUUGCAUACACCCUCCAUAUUAUCAAUCUCAGUUGCAUUUAAAUACCACUUUUUCGGCCUUCCUAUCUCCCUCUUUUCUCCUAUGUCUAUUUUCAUUACAAUUCUUAAAGUUUUUGAUUUUUCUCUCCUCUUGACAUACCUAAACUAUCUCAGUUUACUUUCUCUUAUUUUAUCCUCUAUCAAAGCCAUGUUUAAGCUACUUAUGUAAUCAUUUCUUAUCUUAUUUUCUUUUGUCACUCCACUCAUCCGUCUUCUUAUUAAUACAACACUCAUUCUCUGUUAUAUUUUUCUAUUUAUUUUCCAACACUCUGAACCAUAUAAUAACUCAUCACACUCCCGUAAAACUUAUUAAAAGGCCAAUUCACACCGAUCCGGCAAGCUCCAUGACAAGACAAGAUAUUUGAGCAUUGAAUGUUUUGUUGGUCUGUCGGUGCCUGUUGGAAUCCAUUUAGUUGAAAUAUACAUAUUUUUAUGUACUCAUAUAUUAUUAAUAGUUGAGUAAAAUAAUUUGUUGAGAAAUUUUAGAGUGCAUUGCGCACAAACAAUUGACUGCACUGUUGAAUGUCCCAAUCUAAAACUAAAAGCAAUCGAUUAGUAAGAGUCACCUUGUUCCUAAAAACCUGAAAAAAAUACAUAAUAUAAUAUAUUAAUUUACAAUUAUAAAUAUGUAUGUACUUUAGAUUGUGUAUUUUCGUGAUAAAAAUAUUAAAUUCACUUACCUUAAGCAAACAGCUAAUUUUUAUUUUGGAGGUAUUGCUUUUUGAAAGUGCAUAUUUUAUUAGGAAAUAUUAUUCUCAAUUUUUAUAAGUAGAACAUUAAAUUGGUACUUUGACAUUCGAAAAUAUUUAAAAAAUUUGUCUUCGUGGUCUUCCAACAUUUUACACAAAGUUGCGUGUUUACCAUCAACUUUUCUUUUUUUUAAAAUGUUGUGAACCCAUAUAGAUCAUUUUUUGACUACCGCAUGAGCAAUAUUUUUCUCCUAGUCGGCAUCAAGCAAUAAUGCCAUUACUGCCAAAUCUCCAAAUUUUUUGACCGUUUGGAGUGUGUGUAUCGUUUUUUGUUGGUCAUGUGUGAAUUGAAAUGAUUUUUGUCUGUCGUGUUUUGUCAUGUUGUGCGAGUGUGAAUCAGCUUUACCUCUUUUGAUCCCAUUUUCCUUGUACAGGGACAUAUAAUAGUAAUAUAAUAAGUGUAAUAUAAUUAAAUGUGAAUAUUCAGAAUUUAGAGUGGCCAUUUAGAAUUAUGUCUCAUUGAAAUCCUCUUGUAACAUAAAACACCUGAAACUUUUCUCCACCUAAUCCAAUGAUUCUUAAUCAUAUCGUUUACAUCCUUAUUAAAGCCACUGUUAAUUUGGAACAAAUUUGCUCCUUAAAUAAUAAUACUAUAUAUAUGUUUUGAAAAGAAAAAAAUGGUAUACCCACUAUAAUACACUAUUGUUUUAUAGUUACCAUAUACCUAGAUAGAUAAAUUAUACAUAAAUCAUUAAGUAUUAUAAAAAAUAAAUUAUCAAUGUUUCUUUGAUAUGUGUUAGUAUCAUAGACAUGAUUAGAUUCUUAUUAUCUGAUCUAUAAAAUUAACCUACUUGGUUGAAAUAAGAGGAAUGACUUGGAGUUGACCAAGUCCAUGUAAUCCCUCCUUCAAAGGCCAAACUAUAUAUCUUUUAGUACUAUACAGUUUAUAUCAUACUAUAUCAUAGGUAUCUUCAAGCUUGUAAACUAAUUUAAAUUUACAUUUUAGCCAUGAAAUAUCAUAUAAAGACAAAUAGUCUAUUUACAGAAAAAAAAAAUAGACUAAAUUAAUGUAGUACCUUAAAAACAUAAUUUUCACAUUUUCUAAGAGGGACCAAAUUAGUAUACUCCGUUUUUUUUUCAUUUAAAAAAUACAUUAUUGAAACAGUCUUCUAUUUACUCAUCAUGAAUAUAAUAAAUAUUAAUUAUACAUAAUAAGUGUAUAUAAUUAUUAUGAUAUUAUGAUAGGUUUUGAUAAUAUUAAUCUAACCAUAGAUAAUGUAUUAUCUAUGAAAUAAACAUUGAUAAUAAAAGUACCUCUAAUCUAUUUUAUGCAUUCAACAUUUUUGAAAUAUGUAACUGUCAAUGUAUUACUGGUCGAAUUGUUGAUUAAAAAUGUAAAAAAACGUGUAAAAAUACAAUUUUUAAUUUUCUUACUGCAAGCUUGACAUUGUGUGUGUAUUAUAUACAAUGUGUUGUACUACACACAAUUUUAGUCUCUGACCUCCUUCCUUCCUUUAUUUAGUCUAUAAUUAGUAUAUUAAAUAAUAUUGAACAUCGUAAACACUGAUAAUCAUUUUAAUUGUUUCAAUUUGACUCUGAAUCUUAGAUUUAUGUCUGUAUAGUAGGUAAGUAUUUACUAUAUGGACUAUUGAACUUAAUCUGUAGUUAGACAAAUUUAAACACUGAUAUUUUCUAAUAUAAACAUUUUUUUUGAUGGAUUAAUAAUAAUCAAUAUUAAAUUUCAUUUAUUCCUUUUGAUGAAUUUUAUUUAAAAUGGCUGUAUACAAUUUUCUUAAAAAUAUUUUGAAAUAUCGGCACUAGUCUACUUAAGGACAAAUAAAUUUGGUUUUUUUUUUUUUUAAUGUGUUCAAUAUUAGUAUUGAAUGUUUUUAAAAAUUGAUGCUUAUGUUUAGUCUAACAAUGUAACCAGAACCCAAAUUGCCUACUAACAUUUUGAGUAAACAAUAAUGAUUAAUGAACCAUUAUUACGCGCAAUUAUUGUGAUGUAAUAUUUUUAAAUCAAAAUAACCAAUAAUAGAAGGAUAUUAAUUAAAAUAAAUUUUAGUGUUGACAUUUUUGAUUUCUGUCUAGCAGUUUAUGAGAUAUUCUAUUUUUAAGUAUGGGUUGGAGGAGAUUAGUGGUGCAUACCAUCACAUAAAUGACACUUUACUACUCUCCCCCAAUCAAAACUCAAAAGUGGAACAUCUCAUUAACAAAUCAACAGAAAUCAUAAAUUAUAACACUAAAAUUGAUUUUAACUAAUACUCCAUCUAUUAUGAUGGCUAUUGGGCUUAUGGGUUGCCAUUUGUUGUUGUCUGUGAACAAUUUUUUUACCAGGAAUUUUACUCCAAUUUUCAAGUGUAGCACUAUUUUUGAAAAGAAAUUUUAUCUUGGUGGUAUUUUAAAAAAGUUCAUUUUGAUUGCCCAAGGGUUUUCAAAAAAAAAAAAAAAAAAAAAAAAAAAAAAAAAAAAAAGGAAAAUCUUGAAAUAUAUUAUUUUCAAUUUUGUUUUCAAUUGUAAUUGUGUUAAAAAUAUUUGAAGAGACUUGAAACUUGAAUAGAAAACUUAUAUUUGUCUUUUUUUAGAUUGGUUAUAUUUUCAAAAAAUUUUGUCAUUUUGUCAUUUGUUGAGCUAUUUUUAGACAUUUUAAUUUUGAGAAUUUGUUUAUGUAAUUUUUAUUUGUUAAGUACUCUGUGGAUAAAAUUGUUAGACCAAACAAUAAUUCUUGAAAAUUUAAUAAAAGGUUGAUUAUAAGUCAUACUUUGUGUCAAAAAAAAGUUGAGCUUAAUAAAGUCAAUAUUUUAUUGUUCUAAUUAAUAUCAGUGGUUUACUAUUAUAAUUUGUAAUUCAUCUGUAUACUCUAUGUAUAGUAUUAUUUUGUAAACAUUAUUUCUUAAUAAAAACAAGAUUAAAGUAAUGUUGGCCCAUAUAGGUAUAAAGGUUCAUUUGUAUGAAAAUUCAUUAUAGAAUAUGUAUUUUUCAUAUAUUGAAAGUAUAAACUUUAUUGUUUUGUUCUAUAAAUGGACAUUUUAUUAAUUGAUUAUUUAAUUGUUCUGUCAAUCCAUUUGGUUGGCCUGUAUGUAUGUAAAUAUGUUUUCUAUAAUAAUAAUAUUCAUGUAUAAAGAGAGUAAUCUAAACAAAUAAAUAUAGGUUUUUCUAAUUAGUGACUAUUUUAAUACUAUCUACAAUCUCCAGCGAGUUAUCCAGGUAAAUAAAAAAUUAUGGAUACACAUCAAAUACAGCUGUUAUUUUGCAUUUAAAUAUGUUUUUUUUCACAAAUUUUUUUUUAAGUGUUGUUUUCAUAGCAUUGUAAAGGCAUUUUAAACCUAAAAUUAAAUUUUGUAAAACUGUUUUUGAAUGCUCUUUAUUGGUUAUCUAGAAAAACCUUGUAGUCAACAUUUUGACUUUUUUAUGAUACAUUUUUAAGUCGGCCAUAGUUUUUUGUUUCUCUUGUGCAAUUUGUCAUAAAUGACUUACUAGGUUUUGUUGAGUAGCAGAUAUACUAAUUGGUUGUAGUUUAUUGAAAUUGUGUAAUAGGCUCUUUGGAUUGUUUAUUAUUUAUGCAGACUUUAUGGAUUGAUGUUUCAAAUUGAAUUUUAAUUUUUUUAGUGGUGUUGCGAAUUCUGUGACUGAGCUAGGAUCACCGCUGACUCCAGAUAGUAGAGUUAGCGAAAAUUCUUUUAUAUCUCCUGAUGAAUGUGAACAAUACUUAAUGGCACCACCACCUUUACCAAGUUGUGUUGAUGAAACUGAUAUAGCCAGCUGGCCAUGGAGUGAACAAUGGGCUGCUAACUGUGCAAACCUUGAAUUAUUUGCUGAUGCUUGUGGUGCUAGCAGUUUUGGCAAAACAAAUAAAAAUGGUGAAUUAGAUGACAAUCAUAAAUUAAACAUUUUUCAAAAAUCAGCAAAAUUAAAUGCUUUAUUUAAUGCAUUGCCAUUGACUCAAUCAUUGGUUCAAUCUCAAUGUAAACUUAAAGAGUCCCCGGGUAUUAAAACACAUUAUGAAUGUACCGCUCCUAAAAAGUUUCCUGUAUCUGAUGAAGAAUCUCCGAAAACAUUCACAGUAUGUAAUAAGUCAGAUGAUAAUGUAUCUGGAGAUAUUUCUACUGUACAAUCUGAUAUUUUAAAUGAUAAAAGUUUAUUAAAAGUUGAAGAUUCAUUAUUGACUGAAAAGUUGGAAUCAUGUACUCCAUUAGUGUGUUCUGAUAGUUUUAAUGAGGCUCAAUUUAAUCUAUGUAAUAAUAUAGAUACAAGUAUAACUGAUAAUUUAAAACUUAAAAGCAAUAUUACAAAUAAUGAAAGCAAUUACAAUAAUCCACAUAAAAAAUUAUGUGUAGAUCAAAAAUUACCUAAUAAGAGUAGAUAUUUUAUGAGAUCAUCCUCUGGUAACAAAAAAUCUCAAUCAAAAAUUACACAAUUACUGGAUAAAAAUAUAAACUUGAAAAACUUGAAGUGCUCUCUUCGAAAUCCAAUUAGUAAACGUCAAUCUGAAACAAAUGGCAUUAUAAAAAAUAAUGAAUCUACUAAACUAAAUUCAGUUGGUUCUAAUUCUAGUAAAAUUAGAUUUCCAAAAUUGGAUACCCAUUGGAUUUCACUAAGAGAAAAUAUUAUAUGCCAUUGGAAUGGUUGUGACAAUCAUUUUAAUGACAUAACAAAAUUUUUAGAGCACCUUCAGGUAAAUAUUUGUUUUAUACUUAUUACAUUUUAUAUUAAAAAGUUAAAUUUAUGUUUUUAGGUAAAACAUGUGGAUUCUCAAACUCAAAGUGAAACUUUUGUUUGUCUGUGGUCUGGUUGUAAAGUAUUUAACAAACCCUCCUGUUCAAGUUCAUGGCUCCAACGUCAUAUUUUAACCCAUGCUGGUAAUAAACCAUUAGAAUGCAUUGUACAAAAGUGUAGACAACGUUUUAGUUCUCAAGUAAUUAAAUUAGUAUUAUAAUAUUAUAAAAUAUUUAUAUUGCAGUAAAUGAUGUUAUAAACCAAAAUAAUGUUAUUUUUAGAAAAUAAUGUUAGUUACCUAACAAACCAGUUUAUAUUGUUAUUUAUUAUUUGUUUGGUUUGAUUCUACACAUGGUAGAAAAUGUUAUCAUAGAUCAUAUUACAUUUGCAUUAUUAAUAAGCUUAGUGGGGAUUAUUAGCGUAUGGCUUUCUGAUGUACUUAUAUUAAAUUUGAAUUACAUACCGAAAAUGUUUUUCUUAAACAAGUACUCAAGAUCUCAACUUGUGCUAUGCAAAGAAAUUUUGUUGGAUUUUAAAACUUUUCUUGAAUCAUUGGGCGAAAAAGGGAUAACAUUUUGAGAAGCUGCAGGCUGUAAUAGUCUUUUGGGUACACAAGGUUAUCAAAGAUGUCACUGUAAGACAAAGUGUAAACCGAAUAAAUGUACCUGUAGUUGAGAAAAUAAAUAAUUAUCAAAUACAAAUUUAAAUAUUAUCUUUUUUUUUUAUUAAUUAUAAAAUAUACAAAAAUUAACAUACAAUUCUAUUUGAAUUGCAAUUAACAUCAUUAACUGUAACAUUUACAUUACAUAUUAAAAUAUGCAUUAUGCGUUUUGGUAUUAUAAUAUUUAAUUUUAAUUUAGUUAAUGCUAGAAAGACAUGUUAAUCAUCAUUUUAAGUCCAGAGAAGAUGAUAUAAAUGGGAAAUUUAUUCGAAGAAAGGGAAAAAAAUUACGUCUUCGUAAACAACCAUUUACUGGUAAAUUUUGUAAAAUCUUUAAAAAUUAUUAUAAGUUGUAUUAUUUUAAUUUAUUUUAUUUUUAGCUAGGAAAUUUGAUUAUUUUGAUCAAGCUACUAUGUUGGAACUUCAGACACAAUUAUUUUUAUGUACACAAAACAGCCAACAAGAUUUUAUUGAUUUUAGCAGGAGAACUAUUAAAUUUCAACCUAAUGUAAAAUUAUUUUCAAUGUUUUUAAUUUAAUAGAAGACAUGUUAAAACAGAUUUAUAAUUAUUCACAUUUUAUCAUUACAAUCACUUUUAGUGAUACAAAAUUAUUUAAUUAAGAUUACUUCUUACUAACAAAUAGUAAUACAUCAGUUUUAAGUUCAUGUCUACUAAAAAAUGAUAAUAAUUAUUCAUACAUUUUAUAUAUUUACAUAUAUAUAUAUAUAUUUUUUUAGAUUAUAGCUAAAAGAGUUUUAAAUGAGAACAACAAAUUAGAAGUAUUAAUGCGUUGGUUUCCUCCAAAUAUGUAAGUUCUUUUCAUAAAACCAUUCAAAAAUUCAAAUAACCGGAAUUUUAAAUACACAAGAACAGACAUUCACAAAAAAUAAUUUAUAUAUUUUUACAGAUUAGAAGAUGAAUGGAUUUCAUAUGAUAAUAAAACUAAUUUCAAUGUAAUGGAGCGUGUUGUACCAAUCAUGUCACUCAGUACAGAAAAUCGAGAUUCAAUAACUAAAUUGUUUGGUAAUAUUUUCCCACCUACAUCUCGCCGAUCCCGCAAAUAA